GGUUACGCUGCUCAAAGUCUCGCUAUCAUGACUGAUGCUGCUCAUCUUCUCACUGACUUUGGAAGCGUUUUGAUCAGUCUCUUCUCGCUGUGGAUUUCCUCCAGACCGCCAUCCAAACAUCUGACCUUUGGAUGGCAUCGAUCAGAGGUUUUAGGAGCUCUUCUGUCUGUUAUGUCCAUCUGGACUGUGACGGCGGUUCUCGUUCUCGUUGCUGUUCAGAGGAUCAUCAGUGAUGAUUAUGAGAUACACAGUGACGUCAUGAUAAUCACAGCUGGAUGUGCUGUAGCACUCAACAUCUUUUUGGCUUUCAUUCUCCAUCAGUCUCCGGGCCGUCACUCUCACAGCUCUCUCAGUGUUUCGGGUCAUUCUCACAGCCUCACGGAAGAGCACAGGAACACCAGCGUGAGGGCUGCUUUUAUUCAUGUGCUGGGGGAUUUACUGCAAAGUUUAGGUGUGCUGCUGGCUGCCACUAUCAUCUACUUCAGGGUUAGUAACAUUACUAUUACUGGCAUAUACAAAAGUUCUCAGACUUUCACGUUUAUGGACAUUUAG